UGUAGUAUUGAGCCAGUAGGUAUGCACGGACAGUCAGUUAUGCAACUGUGAAUUGAGACUGGAUGUGGAUUUGGAAUUGAAGCACAGAUAAUGCUCCCAACCCUGUUAGGAUUUAAGGGUGUUUAUGAGCAGAAAUGGAAUGUCACUCAUAACAAUCUGUUCAUUAAUGUAUCAGAAGUUACAACAAUGAAUCAAUGUGUUUUCAUAAGCUUAGAAUGAGCCCCUCAUACCUACAUGGGAACGGGUCCCCUCAUGGACGCUGCUGUCAUGUUGAUACAGUUGCUCAAAGGGGACCAGUUAUGGCAUAAUACAAUCUGUAACAUCUCUAAGAUGGCAUUUAGUCCAACAGACUGUAGCUUUAAGAUGUAUGCUUGUAGGAUAUUUUACCUUCAGUAUAUAAGGAUUUAAUUUGUUGCAAUUUCUUGCAGAUGCAGGUGUGGGACACGGCAGGACAAGAGCGUUUUCGUACCAUAACUCAGAGUUACUACCGCAGUGCCCAUGGUGCAAUGGUGGCUUAUGACAUUACACGGCGCAACACAUUUGAAUCUGUUCCCCACUGGAUCAGGGAGGUUGAGCAGUACGGUGCUGCCAGCGUGCUACUGAUACUUAUUGGUAACAAGUCAGACCUCCACACACAGAGGCAGGUGUUGUUUGAGGACGCGUGUACUCUGGCAGAAAACAGAGGCGUGCUGGCUGCUCUGGAAACCUCAGCCAAGGAGGCUCAGAACGUAGAGGCGGCCUUCGUCCUCAUGGCCCGGGAGCUGCUCGCACGAAACGGCAUGACCAUCAUAGAUGAGGUCUUGCAGGACUCUCCUCAGUUCAUGUUGAGUAACAACUCCCACACAAUCCAUGGAGGUGGCUCCUCAGAGAAACAAUGCGGGUGCUGAUGGGACACUGAUGUCAUUCAAGACUCCUUUGAGAAACAAAAGGGAAAAAAGUGACGCCAACUUGCACUGUGGAUGUGUAUUUUGAAUGUGUGUCCUGUAUUGGAAGCCAUUACUGGUGGUGGUGUGAAUUUGAGUAUUUAUACAGUUCAUAAGGUACGCCUUCAAAAUUGUUCAAAGCCUAAAAUCUCCAAAUACCACUUUUUUUUUUAGCCCCAGUGCAUGAAAUGAUGUAUAUCCACAGUCAUGAUUUCAAAACUGUUUAAACUUGACAUUUUACACUUGAACAAUUAUUCUGAUACAUCUAGGUUUGAAACAUUUAUUUAUGAAGCAUAUUCCCUAUAACCUCCCAUUAAUUCAUUAUAAACUACAGCUUCAUUACAGUUGUACCAACAGUUUGUUUCAUCCUUUUCAUGUGGCUUAUACUGCACAUUAUUGCACAUUUUGCCAAUUGCGUUAAAUUGAGCAUUUUACCCUACAAAUGCCGUAUAUACAAAAACAACCACUCCACAGAAAGAUGACACUUUUUCAUUUCUGCAGAAAUGCAAACUCACAUUUUCAAUAGAAGGAUCGUACUCAAGAUCGCAGAUAAAAAUUAAAACUAAUUAAAUACUACACUGAGCCUAAGUGAAUAAAUCUCUUCAGCAUCUGUGGUUAGACAUUCCUCCCAGAUUAGAAUUAAUCACUUUAAACAUUACAGCAAUGAAAUCGAACAGUAGAAUGGGUCUAAAAUUGGGUACUGCAUAUUGGGAAGGCAAUAUGAUGCAGUUCGCCAUUGUGCAGACUUGAGCACCUUUUUGUGUAUUGUGUGUUUGUCAUAUACCCGCAGAUGUCUCUUAAUGAGGCAGAAAUGCUGGUUCCCGCAUCAUUCAGAAUCUUACCAAUUUUAUAGGUACAGUAUACCUAUUUUAUAGUAGAAUAACAUCUCAUUUCUACGGUGGCU